UCAAAUUUUAAAUAUAGUAAUGUUGGAUGCACAAGCAGGUAUUACCCACGGGUAUCUGAAUAAAAUUGGGGGAGGCUAAAACCAUACUAUCUGAUGACUCGGUAUUUGCACAUGUUUUCCCCUUAGUUUCUUGAUUGUUUGAGCUUGAAUUAUCGUGUCUUUGGCCUAUUUUACGCUAGGUUGUGUUCCUUUGUCAUAUUUCAGGUCCUAGCACAUAAAGUGAAGCAUAGGCGCAAGUUUCAAGUCAAUCAGAGAUCAAUUGGCGAUUAGGGAGAAGAAACUCGGGCAUGACCUGAAGAAGAAUGGAUUUCUACCUCACUUUAUGGACAGAUAAUCAUGGAAUUUUGUUAUGAAAAGAAAGAGGACGAGACUACGAGCGUCUGGGUUCAAACGGCGACUGAUUUGGAGUCCGGACGAGGGAGAAACGAAGCUUUGAACAGGAGCGGAGGAAGAAUUACGGGCAGGAGAAUUACGACCGUAAUUUGGCCUCCCAUGCCCGUAAUUUCACUGCCGAGAGGAGCUUUGGGUGCGCUGAAACUUAACCAAAAUGCGUGUUUUGGGCAAAAUACGGGCAUGGAAGAAUUACGACCGUAAUUCAGCCCGUAAUUCGCCCAGAAUCGGGUUUUUGAGGCAGAUUCGAGCCAAAGGAAAGGGGGAGUUGGGUUUUUGGUUCUCAAACACCCAAGGGACGAACCCUAGAGAGAGAGAGAGCGACUUGGGAACAUUCUUGGAGCUAUUUUGGAGGAUUUCUUCGCCAUUGGAGCUCGGGAAUCAAGCUUGGAGAUGGAGAUUGAAGAUCUAGAUCAGAUUUCUGCAGUCUCUCUCUUCUCUAUGGAGUAACUUUCCUUCACUUAGGUUUUGAGGAACCCUAGUUCCAUGUGUUAGGAUCUUUCUUGUAUGAAGUUUUGGAUGCUAUAUUGUGUGAUUAUAAUCGAUUGAGGCAUGAUUUGUUGAGUCAAUUGAAUCUUGAUCAAAUUCUCUUGAUUUCUGCUUUAACCUAUGAUAGAUAGAAUCUGAUUAGGUUAAGAGAGCUUCCUUUAUUGAUAGUAGUGAAUUGGCUGUGCGAGAGUCAAUCAAUUUACUGCUUUGUACUGGAAUUCAUUCCAAUAAUGGAGAUCUGUGUGAAUCGCCUUAGCAGUCUAUCCCGGUGAAGGCUAGUCGCCUGCCGGGUAUUCUGUCUAAGAGGGCUUGGUCAGCUUAAGAGAUUCCAAGCUAAUUUAGGAUCUUCCGCAGUUUAAUCAUCAGUAGAUCAACCAAAGGUAAUUGCAACUUGGACCUAAUUGAGGAGCUAGGGGGAAUCAUACCUAAGUGAGUUCCCAACUUGUAAUUAGUAGAGUAGUCAGUAUAGUAGUUUAUAAAUCAAUCUUUAAUCUAGUUUGCUAGAUAAUGAACUGAAGUUGAGUAAUAGUAACUCUAGAGACCCGUGGAUUCGAUAUUUAUUACUUGUGCCACUAUACUGCAGUCCCUUUCAUUGGUUACACUUGGCCAUUGUUAGGUGUUGUGUUUUAGCGUGUCAAGUUUUUGGCGCCGUUGCCGGGGACUUUCUAGAUUAUUAGGAAAGGCAGAAGUUUGUUACUUUAGCGUUUUUCUUUUCUUUUCUUUUCCACCCUUGCUUUUCACUUGGGUGUUUUUGUUUUUGUUGGUGCAGAUCUGAAUCAUGGAUCCUCAUGGCUUCUCCAAUCAUUGGGGGUAUCCACCACCGUCCGAGUGGUAUUACCCCGAGACCCGCUGGAGCAAUCAAGGAGGAGAAGACUAUGGAUCCGGGUUCCAGUACCAACCCCCUUUCUACGGAGAACAAUCAGACCCCUGGACAUAUCAAGAACAACCUCCUUAUCGAGAAGAAUUUCUCCCACAACCAGAGGGGCCAUUGGAGCUGGAGUUACCCAUGGCGGCCUUCACGGGCCAUUCUGCAGAGCCAUGCUACACUCCACAGCCAGAUCCAAACUAUGAAUUGAGGCUUCUCAUGGAGCAGUUUGCUCGAGACUGUGAGAGAUCAUGCUCCAGGAUGGAUCAUUGUGUCCAGGCCUAUCGUGAAACAGAGGAGAUCCUCCUGAGCCUUAAGAAGAGCGUCGAUGAUCUUGAGCGAUCUUGUGCACAACCUGCUCCAGAUCACCCUUAUGUUACCAUACUAGAAGAGGAGGAGGAAGAAGAAGGCUACAAGGACAUUGUGGAGCACACUGAAGUUGUCACGGAGAGAUCUCGUGAUGAUCAUGAUCAGGAAUGUCCUAUCAUAGCCGACCACACCUUCCCACAUCCCACACCGAGCUUUGAAGAGGAGGGCAUGAGUGAGGAGAUGCAAGAAGAUCUCAUGAAAGAAAUUGCUUGGCAACUUGCUCUCCAAUCCGUGCUAGAAGAAGAAGAGCAAGAAAGGGUGCAGAAAGAAGUUGUGGAGGAUGACGAAAGUGAAGCAGGAGGAGUUCUUGAUCAUUUCCCAGGGGUGAUACCACAUGUAGAAGAAAGGGAGGUUGAAGAAGAAAUUGGCAUCCAGGCUGAGGACGGAGUUAAGGUGGAAGAGGCCUGCACCGGCCAUGAGUUACAUGUGAUAUCUCCACCAAACUUCGAGGAGCUGUUUGCAAAGGACCCAUUUGCAGUGUCUCUUUGCCAACCAAGGCCACAUCGACAUCGGUCCCUCUUGGUGGACGUGAUGGUGGUAAAUCGAUGCUGUCAUAUCUGGUUUGGGGCAAUGAGACGAGAGAAGAGAAGAAGAGGUCUCGAGGGUGGAGACUUCAUCUGCAUCAAGUGCAUGAGCCUUCAUCACCUGCCACACCACAUGCUCGUGACUUGAGACUCCACCUCAUCGACGAGAACCUCAACUUCAAAGAGGUUCUGGGGUGGACCGAAACUUAGGAGCCAUCGUCCGGCUCACGACGUGAAAGAAGCGCUUGUUGGGAGGCAACCCAACCAGUCGGUUUGCAUUUCUUUCUCUAUUUCUCCUCGGUUGAGUCAGUUUUGUUAUUUGAUUUUAGAGUCAAUAACUCAACCUUUGUGAGAUUUUGUGUGGUGUUUGUGGUCUGACCACUCUCUCCUCCUAGAAUACACCGUCUGCCCCGUCCACCAUCAUUCACCCUGGAUCUGGUAACUUCGUUCUACCCUCCUUAUCUUUCCUCCAUUGAGGACAAUGUCGUGCUUAAGUGUCGGGGGAUGUUCGAUUAUGUAUGCGGGUGAAUGUUUGGCUGUUUGUGUGCUUGGAGCCUAGUCCACUGUCCAAAUUUCGAUUUGAGGGCUCUAAGUACGUGUUUCCAUGCAAAUUGCCUGCUCAGUAUGCAUUGAAUUGACAGACUCUAUAGUAAUGUGCAACCUGGGGAGGUAGUGUAGCACUAUGGAGGAUGUUGAAGUAUAAGAUUUUUCCUAUCUAGCUCUCUACUGUGCAGGUUGAUUUUGUGAAUUAGUGGAGCUAAGACCGUUGAAUUCAUGUGGUAAUGGUGACUCUAUUUGGAUUGUGUUAUGGACUCGUGUAUCGAACAGGGUGCUCAUAUGGAAAAUGGGAAGCAGUUGGUCCCCCAUGUCAAAAUCAUUAAAUCUUAAACAUGGGGUAAGCCCAACGUGUGCGGCACCGUUCAUUGCACAAAAUCGGGUUUUGGAAGAGAUUUUAGUGAUCCUUAGUGGGGUACUCCUACAAGGUGAAGCUAAGUUGUCUCUAGUAUAAGUAAAACUUCCACCCGUAGAACGGUUUGCCUACUUGAGGAUGUGUUUUUAAGGGCACGAAUAGAGCUUCCGACCCCCCCUUAAUUUCAUUGACCCUCCACACGAGUUAAGGAAAAGGAGUUAAAAGAAGUACUCUGGCGAGCGCCAGAUGUACAGAAAUUGCUCUUGCUCGACUAAUAAGGUUCGACCGUGCAAAAGACUGCAGUUGGAACCCCACCAAAUGAAAGAAAAAAAAAGAAAAAAAUGUAAAUGAAAGUGAGAAAAAGGGGUUCCAACGGUGAAAUGAAGUGAAAGAGCACCCCGGUACAACGAGUCUUUGGUUGUGAAUGGUGUGAGUCCCUUUAUCCAUGAACUGACUGUCUUACUUCUACUUUUUCUCAUGAUCCUGGCUUGAGUCUAGUACUCGCAUUGAGAAAGAUAGGAAAUGUCUUAGAAGACCAGUUGACCUCGUAAGCUGCUAUAUGAUCUAGGAAAUCCUCUACCGACGAUCGGGGUUGUAUGUUGCUAUAGAGCUCUGUAGAGCUGCAUUGGUUUGAGUUAUAGGUUUGCUUGGGGUCAAGCAAACAGUUAAGUGUGGGGGGAUUUGAUGACUCGGUAUUUGCACAUGUUUUCCCCUUAGUUUCUUGAUUGUUUGAGCUUGAAUUAUCGUGUCUUUGGCCUAUUUUACGCUAGGUUGUGUUCCUUUGUCAUAUUUCAGGUCAUAGCACAUAAAGUGAAGCAUAGGCGCAAGUUUCAAGUCAAUCAGAGAUCAAUUGGCGAUUAGGGAGAAGAAACUCGGGCAUGACCUGAAGAAGAAUUGAUUUCUAUCUCACUUUAUGGAAAGAUAAUCAUGGAAUUUUGUUAUGAAAAGAAAGAGGACGAGACUACGAGCGUCUGGGUUCAAACGGCGACUGAUUUGGAGUCCGGACGAGGGAGAAACGAAGCUUUGAACAGGAGCGGAGGAAGAAUUACGGGCAGGAGAAUUACGACCGUAAUUUGGCCUCCCAUGCCCGUAAUUUCACUGCCGAGAGGAGCUUUGGGUGCGCUGAAACUUAACCAAAACGCGUGUUUUGGGCAAAAUACGGGCAUGGAAGAAUUACGACCGUAAUUCAGCCCGUAAUUCGCCCAGAAUCGGGUUUUUGAGACAGAUUCGAGCCAAAGGAAAGGGGGAGUUGGGUUUUUGGUUCCCAAACACCCAAGGGACGAACCCUAGAGAGAGAGAGAGCGACUUGGGAACAUUCUUGGAGCUAUUUUGGAGGAUUUCUUCGCCAUUGGAGCUCGGGAAUCAAGCUUGGAGAUGGAGAUUGAAGAUCUAGAUCAGAUUUCUGCAGUCUCUCUCUUCUCUAUGGAGUAACUUUCCUUCACUUAGGUUUUGAGGAACCCUAGUUCCAUGUGUUAGGAUCUUUCUUGUAUGAAGUUUUGGAUGCUAUAUUGUGUGAUUAUAAUCGAUUGAGGCAUGAUUUGUUGAGUCAAUUGAAUCUUGAUCAAAUUCUCUUGAUUUCUGCUUUAACCUAUGAUAGAUAGAAUCUGAUUAGGUUAAGAGAGCUUCCUUUAUUGAUAGUAGUGAAUUGGUUGUGCGAGAGUCAAUCAAUUUACUGCUUUGUACUGGAAUUCAUUCCAAUAAUGGAGAUCUGUGUGAAUCGCCUUAGCAGUCUAUCCCGGUGAAGGCUAGUCGCCUGCCGGGUAUUCUGUCUAAGAGGGCUUGGUCAGCUUAAGAGAUUCCAAGCUAAUUUAGGAUCUUCCGCAGUUUAAUCAUCAGUAGAUCAACCAAAGGUAAUUGCAACUUGGACCUAAUUGAGGAGCUAGGGGGAAUCACACCUAAGUGAGUUCCCAACUUGUAAUUAGUAGAGUAGUCAGUAUAGUAGUUUAUAAAUCAAUCUUUAAUCUAGUUUGCUAGAUAAUGAACUGAAGUUGAGUAAUAGUAACUCUAGAGACCCGUGGAUUCGAUAUUUAUUACUUGUGCCACUAUACUGCAGUCCCUUUCAUUGGUUACACUUGGCCAUUGUUAGGUGUUUUGUUUUAGCGUGUCACUAUCCCAUCCCCAUCAAACUUUUUGCGAUUUAUCCGUACUCCCCCAUACCCAGUCAAUGUGUUGAUUCCCCAUAUUGAUUGGGUCGGAGUAGUCGGAUACCCAUGGUUGCAGGUUUGAUUGUUAUCCCUAGAAGCGGCAGAACCACGUUAGUGAUAGGGGGUCAUAAAUGUAGGUAAAACAC